UUAAACAAAAGCGUAAAUUACGAAAACACAGAGAGAUAAAUCCGGGUAAGAGAUUUUGGGGGAGAGAGAGACAGGGAAAAAUCAGAAUCUAUUGUCCAUUUCCCAAAUUUUGGAUUGGCUUUGCAUAAUCGCUCUAGAUUUCGCGGGUUUUGCAAUCGAUUCCCCUUCCAUCUCCAAUCGAAGUUUUUGGCUUUGAAUUGGGUUCGGGUUUCGGUUCAAAGCCAGCUCUUUUUCUUAUCCAUUUAGAGUUCUGGGAGAAAUCAGAAGAAGCAGAUAUGCAGGACCAGCUCGUGUGUCAUGGCUGUAGAAAUACAUUGCUCUAUCCUAGAGGAGCUACGAACGUGCGUUGUGCGUUAUGUAGCACUAUCAACAUGGUUCCUCUUCAUCAUCAUCAUCCUCAUCCUCCUCCUCCUCACGGUCUGAACACAGCUAAUGCAGGGGUUGACAUGGCUCACAUUAUAUGUGGUGGUUGUCGAACAAUGCUUAUGUAUACGCGUGGGGCAAGUAGCGUAAGAUGCUCUUGUUGUCAGACUGUCAACCUUGUGCCAGCACAUAAUCAGGUUGCGCAUAUCAAUUGUGAGCAUUGUCGGACGACACUCAUGUAUCCUUAUGGUGCAUCGUCUGUUAAAUGCGCCGUAUGUCAGUUCGUUACUAACGUUAACACGGGCAAUGGAAGGGUGCCUCUCCCUACUAACCGGCCAAAUGGAACAGCCUCUCCCGGGACAAUGCCCUCUACAUCCACUCAGUCAACACCACCGUCUCAGACACAAACCGUCGUUGUAGAAAACCCCAUGUCCGUUGAUGAAAGUGGCAAGUUGGUGAGUAACGUUGUGGUUGGAGUGACAACGGAUAAAAAAUAACCAAGAACGAGUGAGAUCUGAAAGAUCAAAUCGAAGUUCUUCGUCUGGUUUGUGCAUAUUAAUACAUACGAUGAAAAUCUUUCUGUUUGUACAUCUUUCGACUUCUUUUUAACCCAAGAAUAAGGCUUAUUCAGAAUCUCUUUUUGGUUUUUUGUCUUUUACAAAGUUAAAGAACAAAAGAAAAGGGUUUUGCUCCGGCAUUCUUUUGCUCCAUGGAACUUUAUUCUCUCUUCUGUUUCUAGACUUGUAAACUCCACUGCCUCUUGUGGCAUUGUUCAUUUAUGUAUUAAUAUAAAUCUGACACACCAGCCAAACAUUAAGGUUUGGGUUU